ACAAAGAUGAAGAACUUUGAUGAUGAUGAUGUUGAUGUUGAAGCAAAUGCUAUCAUCACCAGCAAUAAUGACAACAAUAACAAUAAUAUAGAUUAUAAUGAUGACUAUGUUGACUCUGGAGGUGGUGUAGUACUGGAACAGCCACAUCACUAUCAACAACAACAUCAUGACGACAACAUCAAUAGUAAUAGCAUUAAUAUACAACAUGAUGAUCAAUCACAACAAUCACAACAAUCACAACAACAAUAUAGAUAUUUCCUCAAGUUACAUAGACUCAAUCAUGGUGUAUCAUACUUGAAUAUAGUGGCUAGCUAUGUGGCCUCAUUCCUCAGCAUCUGUUUCUUUGUCUUUAUCAAUGUGGCUCAGCCUCUAAUCCUAUCAAACUCACUAAACAUACCAGAUGACAAGCAAGGCUCAGUCAGUGGCGACUUAACAUUCUACAAUGAGAUAGUGGUACUACUCACAUCACAUGCUUGGGGUCUGAUGAGUGAUCGAAUGGGCAGAAGAAUCGUUUAUGUACUUGGACUGGUGAUUAUGGGUCUGGGCCUGGGCGCCUACCCUUUCGCCAAUCACAUCUGGGUGCUGAUGAUAUUCCGCGCGGUGUUUGCUGUUGGUGCAGCGGCCGCCUCAUCAAUGUUGUCGGCGGUGCUGGGCGACUACGUCCUCUUUGAGGACCGCGGCAAGUCCAGUGGCCUGCUAGGCUUCUGCGCCGGUGGCGGUGCAGUGCUCGGCUCGCUGGUUCUCCUCAAGAUCCCCAACUUUAUCGAUAGCCACUCUAAUGUGGGCAUCACAAUGUCGGCCCAGCUCACAUACUGUCUGACGUCGGCCAUGGCAUUCUUUGGCGCAGCGUUCCUCUGGUUCGGCCUGCAGCGUAUCAAGGACCUCAAGGUGCAUCAGGAGCGUGCCAGUGUGAUGACCGUCGCCAAGGAGGGUCUUUUGGCCGGCAAGAACCCCAUCCUCUCGCUCUCCUACGCAAGCGGCUUCAUUGCCCGCGGAGACUCGGCCAUCGCCACAACAUUCCUCUCACUCUGGAUCUAUCAAUAUGCUCUAGCACACAAUGGAGGCAACAAGAUCGAUGCACUCUCCAAGUCUGGAACGAUCACGGGCAUCGCCCAAACAUUCGGACUAUUCUUUGCACCCGUGGCAGGCUACCUGUGCGACAAGCUGAACCGCAUUAUGGCGAUGGUGGCCAUCGCACUUCUGGGCUGCAUCGGCUACUACAUGUUGGCAUUCAACAAUGACCCUCUGUCCAUAUCAUUCAUGGUUGGUGCCUGCAUCAUUGGCUGCACUGAGACAGGAAUGGUCGUGUCGUCUACCGCCCUGGUCGCCCAAGAGUCACCCAAAGAGUGUCGAGGCAGUGUCGGUGGCUUCUUCUCAUUCUGUGGCGCCAUUGGCAUCUUGAUUGGAUCAAAGCUUGGUGGCAUCUACUUUGACCGUUGGAACGGCUUCCCCUUCGCCCUGUUUGGAGUGUUCAGUUCAAUGCUGGCCGUCGCCGGCGUGGUCGUCUACUUCUUUGACCGACGCAGGCAGAGACAGACCGGCCAUCCUGCUGCUCAAGAGUCGCCAAACAUCAGUUCACUGGCGCCAGACAGUGCGCCACUUAUCGAG